AUGACCAAAGCACGGAGAAAGCACAGUCCGGCGUUCAAGGCCAAGAUGGCACUGGAGGCGGUGAAGGGGGAGGAGACGGUGGCCCAACUGGCGGCCAGGUACCAGGUCCAUGCCAGCCAGAUUCAGACCUGGAAGAAAGCCCUGACCGCAGGAGCCGCCGGCGUGUUCAGCAACGGGCAAGAGCAGAAGGCCAGCAGCGACGCCGCCCUGAUCGCCCGGCUGUACCAGGAAAUCGGACAGCUGAAGGUGGAGCGGGAUUUCUUGUCGGAGAUGUCUGGCCCAUGA